GUGGGUGACUUGCUCUGGUUAUGCAACCUGCAUUUUGUCCAGGGCUCGCCAGUUUCCAGACUGCUUGCACACGGCGUUUGAUCCUCUGCGGCAAACCCUGGGAGGUUUGCUUGUUUAGUUAUGCCCUGCUGGAGGCAGCUUACAGGAAACAAUAAAAUGGUAACAUGUACAUAUAAAAAGCAGGGAAAAUAUAAGAUGAAAAAGGAAGUGAAGAUGGGGUCAGGGAGUGCCUCCUGGAGACAGAAAGCACGGGAGAGACCCGGGCAGAGGUGAUUCUCUCUGUCUUUAUUUUUAUUGUUGUUGUUCUGGAUGGAGAACCAGCACGCUGUGGGAACAUGCCGACUGGGGGUCACGCCCAGGCCUUCAGACGCUGGGACCGACCGCACUGUGUCCACCUCACUACCUAAGAGGAUGUGGGUGGAACUAGUUGUCCACGCCACUGUGGUGAUCAUCGGCUUAGGUUCUGGAGCCCCAGAAGCCCCACUUACCAUCUGUGUGACCUCAACAAGUUUCUUAACCUCGCUGAGCCUCAGUUUCCUCCUUUGUAAAAUGAGGAUCAUAACAGUAUCUCCCGUAUAGGGUUGUUGUGAGAUGGUACAAGUAAGAUGCUUAGCACAGUAAACAUUCAAUACACGGUUGUUGAUCAUUACUAAUAUUGUUAAUUAAUAAUUAGAAUAAGAUAAUAAUUAUUAACAUCAACAUGAUUAAUAUUAGAAGUUAAACUUUUCUCUGGCAGUCUCUGGAGUGGGCUGACUGGCCUUGUGGGUGACACAGGUGAGAAGAGCCGAGGAAGGCACAUAUCCUGGCUCACGUGCACCUGGAAGAGGCAGAACAGGCAGGCAAGCAGGAGUGGGGUACACGGGGUUGGGGGAGCGCAGGAUCUGGCCGAGGAAGGCCCAGAAGCUGAGGGAGCAACAAGGAGGGCCAGGGAAUGAAUAUGAGACCUGAGGGGAGAAGGAGCUGCUCUGAGAGGCAGCCUCGGGGCGGUGACCGUGCUUCCUGUUGGGGCAAGCGCUGGCCCUUGAGAAAGACUGGCUGGGGCUGGCUGCUAGGAGGGAGCAGCUGCUCUAAGUGGGGCACCGGGUGGUGGGGGAGGAGGAAGAACAAAGACACAAGCUGACAAAACCUCGACUCUUCUCCCCAUAUUACAGAGGGGGCCCCCAUCUUGACUGUUCAGGAUGUUUUGCUUAUGAUAGGAAAGAUGGUGGUUAGACAUCAUGGUGAACUUCCUAUCUCAGGGAUUGGAGCUACUGGAGCAGGAGAGUGAGGGACCCCAACCCGUGGCCAGCCCCUUGUUCCCGCAUGCAGUCCAAAAUCAUUGCUUGGAAUCUGCGAAGUCAACAGUUGCUACCUAUGGGACCCAGGUGAGCCCGGGUGCCCACUGCCCCCCUCCCGCUGGCACAGGCUGCCCCAGGCCCCGUGCAGACACGCCAGGCCCUCAGCCCCAGCCCAUGGACCUGCGGGUGGGCCAGCGGCCCCCGGUGGAGCCCCCGCCGGAGCCCACGCUGCUGGCCCUGCAGCAUCCCCCACGCCUGCACCAUCACCUCUUCCUGGCAGGCCUGCAGCCGCAGCGCUCGGCAGAGCCCAUGAGGCUCUCCAUGGACACGCCGAUGCCCGAGCUGCAGGUGGGGCAGCAGGAGCAGGAGCUGCGGCAGCUUCUCCAUAAGGACAAGAGCAAGCGAAGUGCUGUGGCCAGCAGUGUGGUCAAGCAGAAACUGGCAGAGGUGAUUCUGAAAAAACAGCAGGCGGCCUUAGAGAGGACAGUCCAUCCCAAUAGCUCCAGCAUUCCCUACAGAACUCUCGAGCCCUUGGAGACGGAAGGCGCCGCCCGCUCCAUGCUCAGCAGCUUUCUGCCUCCUGUUACCAGCCUGCCCAGUGACCCCCCAGAACACUUCCCUCUGCGUAAGACAGUCUCGGAGCCCAACCUGAAGCUGCGCUACAAGCCCAAGAAGUCCCUGGAGCGGCGGAAGAAUCCACUGCUCAGAAAGGAGAGUGCCCCGCCCAGUCUCCGGCGGCGGCCUGCGGAGACCCUCGGCGACUCCUCUCCCAGUAGCAGCAGCACGCCAGCCUCGGGGUGCAGCUCCCCCAAUGACAGCGAGCAUGGCCCAGGCCCCGUCCUGGGCGCAGAGGCGCUCUUGGGCCAGCGGCUGCGGCUGCAGGAGACCUCUGUGGCCCCGUUCGCCUUGCCGACAGUGUCCUUGCUGCCCGCAAUCACGCUGGGGCUGCCUGCCCCUGCCAGGGCUGACGGUGACCGCAGGACCCAUCCGACUCUGGGCCCCCGGGGGCCGGUCCUGGGGAGCCCCCAUGGUCCCCUCUUCCUGCCCCAUGGCCUGGAGCCUGAGACUGGGGGCCCCUUGCCCUCUCGCCUACAGCCCAUUCUCCUCCUGGACCCCUCAGUCCCUCAUGCGCCCCUGCUGACUGUGCCCGGGCUUGGGCCCCUGCCCUUCCACUUUGCCCAGUCCUUACUGAACACCGAGCGGCUCUCCGGGUCAGGCCUCCACCGGCCGCUGAGCCGGACCCGCUCAGAGCCCCUGCCCCCAAGCGCCACCGCCCCCCCACCGCUGGGCCCCCUGCAGCCCCGCCUGGAGCGGCUCAAACCUCAUGUCCAGCUGAUUAAGAGGCCAGCCAAGCCUAGUGAGAAGCCCCGGCUGCGGCAGAUUCCCUCAGCUGAGGACCUAGAGACGGAUGGUGGGGGAGUGGGGCCGGUGGGGGACGACGGCCUGGAACACAGGGAGUCGAGCCACGGGCAGCAUGAGGCCAGGGGCCCUGUUCCUCUCCAGCAGCACCAGCAGGUGUUCCUCUGGGAGCAGCAGCGACUGGCCGGACGGCUUCCCCGGGGAGGCACUGGGGACUCUGUGCUGCUUCCCCUGGCCCAGGGCGGUCACCGGCCCCUGUCCAGGGCUCAGUCGUCCCCAGCCGCGCCUGCCUCACUGCCAACCCCAGAACCCGCCAGCCAGGCCCGUGUCCUGCCCAGCUCAGAGACCCCCGCCAGGACCCUGCCCUUCACCACAGGGCUGGUCUAUGACUCGGUAAUGCUGAAGCACCAGUGCUCCUGCGGAGACAACAGCAGGCACCCAGAGCAUGCGGGCCGCAUCCAGAGCAUCUGGUCCCGGCUGCAGGAGCGGGGUCUGCGGAGCCAGUGUGAGUGUCUCCGGGGCCGGAAGGCCUCCCUGGAGGAGCUGCAGUCCGUGCACUCCGAGCGGCACGUGCUCCUCUAUGGCACCAACCCACUCAGCCGCCUCAAACUGGACAACGGGAAGCUGGCAGGGCUCCUGGCACAGCGGAUGUUUGUGAUGCUGCCCUGUGGUGGGGUUGGGGUGGAUACUGACACCAUCUGGAAUGAGCUGCACUCCUCCAAUGCAGCCCGCUGGGCCGCCGGCAGCGUCGCUGACCUCGCCUUCAAGGUGGCUUCCCGUGAGCUAAAGAACGGUUUUGCUGUGGUUCGGCCCCCAGGACACCAUGCAGACCACUCCACUGCCAUGGGCUUCUGCUUCUUCAACUCAGUGGCCAUCGCCUGCCGACAGCUACAACAACAGGGCAAGGCCAGCAAGAUCCUCAUUGUGGACUGGGAUGUUCACCACGGCAACGGCACCCAGCAAACCUUCUACCAGGACCCCAGUGUGCUCUACAUCUCCCUGCAUCGCCAUGAUGACGGCAACUUCUUCCCGGGCAGUGGGGCUGUGGAUGAGGUGGGAGCUGGCAGCGGUGAGGGCUUCAAUGUCAACGUGGCCUGGGCUGGAGGUCUGGACCCCCCAAUGGGGGAUCCUGAGUACCUGGCUGCCUUCAGGAUCGUUGUGAUGCCCGUCGCCCGAGAGUUCUCUCCAGACCUGGUCCUGGUGUCAGCUGGGUUUGAUGCUGCCAAGGGUCACCCCGCCCCACUGGGUGGCUACCAUGUUUCCGCCAAAUGUUUUGGGUACAUGACACAGCAGCUGAUGAGCUUGGCAGGAGGUGCAGUGGUGCUGGCCUUGGAGGGCGGCCAUGACCUCACAGCCAUCUGUGACGCCUCCGAGGCCUGUGUGGCUGCUCUUCUGGGCAACAAGGUGGAUCCCCUCUCAGAAGAAGGCUGGAAACAGAAACCCAACCUCAACGCCAUCCGCUCUCUGGAAGCCGUGAUCCGGGUGCACAGUAAAUACUGGGGCUGCAUGCAGCGUCUGGCCUCCUGUCCCGACUCCUGGGUGUCCAGGGUGCCAGGAGCCGACACAGAAGAAGUGGAGGCAGUGACUGCACUGGCAUCCCUCUCCGUGGGCAUCCUGGCUGAAGAGAGGCCCUCCGAGCAGCUGGUGGAGGAGGAAGAACCUAUGAAUCUCUAAGGCUUCUAAAUGGAUCUGCCUGCCCACGCUGCCCUUUGGACCUGGUUCUCCUCUGACCUCUGGCAACAGUGCCCAUUCCUGGGGUCUUCAGAGAUCCUUCGGGCAGGUAGUUGGGGCCAGAGAACAGCCCCUUGGCACUCACCCCAAGGAGCCUGAGAAAGCCCCUGGGUCUAGGAUAGGGACCAAAGAGGACCCUGAGAGGGGGCAGGCUGGGCAGCCAGCCAGGCCCCAGUAGGGCUCUCCCAAGAACAGAGUCUACCCCUCUGGGGUCCAGGCCCCCGGCUGGGCCCCCAUUCCUCAGGACUGCACAGAGGACUGGCUCAGCCGGGCCCACCCAUAACCACUAUUCUUGGCUCUGUAGACCCCGGACUUUGCACACAGCCCCAGGCUCCACACAGAAAUGUGAACUUGGCCUCAGCUAGGGUGGCCCUUCCUAGGCUCUGAGGGCUGCAGUGGGGGGAGGAGGGAGGAGCAGGAGGAGUCAAGGGGUCCCCUAUCCCUGAGUGCAGGGGGAGUCCCUCCUCUCGCCCGCUUCCUCAGAUGACUCUGGAAGCUUCCCCCCACCACCACUGGGCAGUGAGACAAAGCUCCCUCCGAGAGCAGUCAUCAGCAGGCCUCCCAUCUGGUCCCGGCCCCUGCCAGAGGCCGCCCUGCGUCGACCAUCUCAGUGCCCUGGCGGAGCAGACAGGUGCUCUUGGAGUUCUGUGCUUCCUGAUCCGAUGGUGCCAAACCCUUCAUCUCCCCUCAGAAGCACAGCAUGACCCCAGGGAUCCCUUGGUCACUGCCCCCCGCCAUGAGCCUUCUCUCUUUUUGGGGUCUCUGCCACUCCAGCUCUGACCCCUGCCCCACAUAGGACUAGCUUGGCUGAGGGCUAAGGGGGUGGGAGAGUGGAUGCAAGAUGUGAGGGAGGGGAGGCCGCCCUGGCAAAGUCUUCACGGCUUCUGGGGUCCAGGCCUGGGGCCAAGAAGGAAAGUAUUUGUGUGUGUGUGAGAGAGAGUGUGUGCGCGUGCGUGUGUGCGUCUUCUCCAGGACUACCAUACCCUGUGUAUGUAUGCAUGUUUUUGUAAAAAAGAAAAAAAAUGGAAAAAAAAUCUGAACAAUAAAUGUUUUAUUUGCUUUAAA